CACGCGUACACGAACUUGCAGGUUCAGCAUUUCAAGCCACUCAUCUCAUAAGUGGACCUAUUGCAAAGCUAGUUAUGUCCAUUACUUUAUCAAACUAGUCCUUGCCAUUACACAGUUCACUCUGCAUUUCCAUACCACUUCUAUUUUACAACCCUUGGAGCUGAGACUCACACACUGACAGACACAGCAUCGAACUCUCAGCAGUUACUCUCCAACAAAAGAUAAAACAUGGUUCUAGUAGCAAGUCAUGGUGAGGAGGAAAAAGGGGCAGAAGGCGUUGCUGCUGUGGAUUUUCGAGGUCACCCUGUGGACAAGUCAAAAACUGGAGGAUGGCUAGCAGCAGGGCUCAUCUUGGGCACUGAACUGGCAGAAAGAAUAUGUGUGAUGGGAAUAGCCAUGAACUUGGUGACCUACUUGGUUGGAGUUUUGAAUCUCCCUUCAGCUGAUUCUGCCACCAUAGUUACCAAUGUUAUGGGAACUCUCAACCUCCUUGGCCUUCUUGGUGGCUUUGUAGCUGAUGCCAAGCUUGGCAGAUACCUAACUGUUGCCAUAUCUGCAAUCAUAGCUGCUGUGGGUGUGAGUUUGUUAACUGUGGCUACGACCAUUCCAAGCAUGAGGCCACCUGCAUGCAGUAGUGUAAGAAAACAACACCAUGAAUGUAUUCAAGCCAGUGGCAAACAACUGGCUCUACUAUUUGUAGCACUUUACACCAUAGCUGUGGGAGGUGGAGGAAUAAAAUCCAAUGUCUCAGGUUUUGGAUCUGACCAGUUUGACAUAACAGACCCUAAGGAGGAAAGGAGGAUGAUAUUUUUCUUCAACAGGUUCUACUUCUUCAUCAGUAUAGGGUCCUUAUUUUCUGUGGUGGUGCUGGUGUAUGUGCAAGACAACAUAGGAAGAGGGUGGGGUUAUGGAAUUUCAGCAGGGGCAAUGGUGGUUGGUGUUGCUGUUUUGCUUUGUGGCACACCAUUGUAUAGAUUCAAGAAGCCUCAAGGGAGCCCUUUGACAGUUAUUUGGAGGGUGUUGUUUUUGGCUUGGAAGAAGAGGAGUCUUCAUGUACCUUCUCAACCAUCAUUUCUCAAUGGUUAUCUUCAAGCUAAGGUGCCACAUACUCAGAGGUUCAGUUUUCUUGACAAAGCUGCAAUCCUAGAUGAGAACUGCUCAAAGGAUGAAAACAAGGAAAAUCCAUGGAUAGUUUCCACAGUGACUCAGGUUGAGGAGGUUAAAAUGGUACUCAAGCUAAUUCCCAUUUGGUCUACAUGUAUCCUCUUUUGGACAAUCUAUUCUCAAAUGAAUACCUUCACCAUCGAGCAAGCUACAUUCAUGAACAGAAAAGUUGGAUCUCUAGUUGUCCCAGCAGGAUCACUAUCAGCUUUUCUCAUCAUUACCAUUCUCCUCUUUACUUCCCUUAAUGAGAAACUCACUGUGCCCUUAGCUCGGAAACUCACCCACAAUGUACAGGGGCUCACAAGUCUUCAAAGGGUUGGAAUUGGCCUCGUUUUCUCCAGUGUUGCCAUGGUGUUUGCUGCAAUUGUUGAGAAAGAAAGAAGGGUGAAUGCAGUAAAAAAUAAUACUUCGAUAAGUGCUUUUUGGCUGGUCCCUCAAUUUUUUCUGGUGGGUGCAGGGGAAGCAUUUGCCUAUGUUGGACAACUAGAAUUUUUCAUUAGGGAGGCACCGGAGAGAAUGAAAUCUAUGAGCACUGGACUUUUCCUAUCUACCCUUUCAAUGGGUUAUUUUGUCAGUAGUUUAUUGGUGUCAAUCGUGGACAAAGCAAGUAAGAAAAGAUGGCUAAGGAGCAAUCUAAACAAGGGCAGGUUAGAUGACUUCUAUUGGUUGCUUGCAGUGCUGGGAGGACUGAAUUUUAUACUUUUUCUUAUCUUAGCAACGAGGCAUCAGUACAAAGUUCAGCACAGCAUAAAGCAUAAUGACGGUGCGGAAAAGGAGCUUGUCAAUGCAAAUGAUGUGAAAAUUGGAGUUGAUGGAAAGGAAGAAGCAUAGGACAGCCUUAAAAUCUCAUUUUGUUAAGCCCAAUAUAUAGUGUGCAAUAACCGAGCAUUAUGCCCCAAAAAUGUUAAUUUUGGGUGAUUUGUCAACCCUAUUUAAGGGCAAUUGUUAUGUACUAUUAAUUAUUGACAGAUAUAAAAAAGCCAAACCUCAUCGUAAGUUGUGUUUCCUAGAGAAUAAAGCAAUUGUUGAAUAAAUCAAAUGAUUCCCAAACUGAAGAUAUAAAUAUAUUAACCCCUAGAUAGGCAGGUUUCAUAA